AUGACGAAAUUAAUAUUAACAUUUAUCCUUAUUUUUGUUAAUUUUUCUUUUUGUUUUAAAAAGUUAUUAUUUAACCAAUCAUUGAAUAUAAUAACCAAAAGAUGCCCAUUUAAAUACAGGUCUUCACAAAAAUUAUAUGAAUCAAAAAAUAUAGAUUUGGCAAAUGACAUUAAAGAAAAUGAUUUUAUUCCAAAUGUUAAAGUUAUGAUUAAUGCAAAAAACUUAUAUAAUGUACCAGAUAAAAAUGGGGAAGACUUUAAAGUUGUUAAUACACAUGAAUUAUUUCAAAAUAAAAAAAUUUUACUGAUUAGUUUACCAGGAUCUUUUACGCCUACGUGUACAUCUAAAAUGAUUCCACAAUAUGAAAAAGAAUAUGAUUAUUUUAUUAAAGAAAAAAAGUUUGAUGAUAUUUAUUGUAUUACUAAUAAUGAUAUAUUUGUAUUGAAAAGUUGGUUUCAAAACAUGAAUAUUAAAAACAUAAAAUAUAUAAGUGACGGAAAUAGUUCAUUUACUGAAAGUAUGAAUAUGCUUGUAGAUAAAUCAAAUUUUUUUAUGGGCAUGAGGCCUUGGAGAUACGUUGCAAUAAUCGAAAAUAAUAUUUUAGUAAAAAUGUUCCAAGAAAAAAAUAAACAACAUAAUAUACAAACAGAUCCCUAUGAAAUAUCAUCUGUUGAUAAUGUUAAACAGUUUUUAAUAAGCAAUGAUCUUUGA